AUCCGACCCAAGGGCCAAGAGCCAAGACUGUUUACUUUGGUAUAGUGCUUUUAUGCCGCACCUUUUCUGUUUUUAAUUACUUCCGUAAUCGUAAUAAAUUAAUCAUCUCGGUUUUGUGAUGACAGAAACAAUAAAAUCGACGAAUCCAGAUUUAUGCUAAUUUGUGGUCCCAAUCUAAAACAUAAGAGAAACAAUGCGAAUAUAGAAUGAAAUAGGUUUUUUUAGUAAGAACAGGAAGACCUACAUCUACAACUAUGGCAGGUACUGAUAGAGUUUCAAUGAACGAUGCAUUAUCCAAUGUAGAAGUUUUGGAUGAAUUGCCCCUUCCUGACGAGCAGCCUUGCAUUGAGGCUCAACCAUGUAGUGUGGUUUAUCAAGCCAACUUUGAUACAAAUUUUGAGGAUAGGAAUGGGUUUGUUACUGGUAUUGCCAAAUACAUUGAGGAAGCUACAGUACAUGCCAACUUGAAUGAAUUAUUAGAUGAAGGUCAAGAACAUGCAGUUAUGUUAUAUACAUGGAGAUGCUGUUCACGAGCAAUACCUCAACCAAAAUCUAAUGAACAACCCAACAGAGUUGAAAUUUAUGAAAAAACUGUGGAAGUCCUAGCUCCUGAAGUGAAUAAAUUGCUAAAUUUUAUGUAUUUUCAGAGAAAAGCAAUUGAAAGAUUUUCCCAAGAAGUCAAGCGUCUUUGUCACACAGAGAAAAGGAAAGACUUUGUGUCCGAAGCGUAUCUCCUAACACUGGGGAAAUUUAUAAACAUGUUUGCAGUAUUGGAUGAACUUAAAAAUAUGAAAUCCAGUGUUAAAAAUGAUUAUUCAACUUAUAGAAGAGCGGCCCAGUUCUUAAAAGUGAUGUCAGACUCUCAAACAUUACAAGAAUCACAGAACUUGUCCAUGUUUCUUGCAACUCAAAAUAAAAUCAGAGAUACUGUUAAAGAAAAUCUUGAAAAAAUUCCCAACUACGAAGAAUUGUUGGCUGAUGUCGUGAACAUUUGCGUUCAUAUGUUUGAAUCAAAAAUGUACCUAACUCCAAGUGAAAAGCACAUGCUUGUUAAAGUAAUGGGAUUUGGGUUGUUUUUAAUGGAUAGCGAUCUUUGCAAUAUUAAUAAAUUAGAUCAAAAAAAGAAGCUUAGGCUUGAUCGAAUAGAUAGGAUUUUUAAGAAUCUUGAAGUUGUGCCAUUAUUUGGUGACAUGCAAAUAGCUCCCUUUAACUACAUAAAAAGAAGUAAACAUUUUGAUGCAAGCAAAUGGCCACUUUCAAGCAGUCAAACUCCAUCACCCCAAGCUGAUUUGAUGGUUCACUUACCCCAAAUCCGUGAGGACCAUGUUAAAUAUAUUUCUGAACUUGCCAGAUAUUCCAAUGAAGUUACAACUACAUACAAAGAAUGCGGUAGUGACACAGAAAAUAAAGAAACCGCAGAUUUAGCCCUUAGGGGCCUACAACUUUUAUCUGAAUGGACAAGUGUGGUUACUGAAUUGUAUUCAUGGAAGCUAUUACAUCCAACUGAUCAUCAUCAGAAUAAAGAGUGCCCAAAAGAAGCUGAGGAAUAUGAAAGAGCAACUAGAUAUAAUUACACUGAAGAGGAAAAAUUUGCACUAAUUGAAGUCAUAGCAAUGAUCAAAGGUUUACAAGUAUUAAUGGCGAGGAUGGAAACAGUUUUUACUGACGCUAUAAGGAGAAACAUUUAUGCAGAAUUACAAGAUUUUGUGCAGCUUUCUCUUAGAGAACCACUGAGGAAAGCUGUGAAGAAUAAGAAGGAUCUUAUUAGAAGUAUAAUUAUGUCAGUGAGAGAAACUUGCGCUGAUUGGUUAAGAGGUGUAGAUCCAAACCAAGAUCCAGCUUUAAAAGGAAAAAAAGAUCCUGAUAAUGGUUUUAAUCUUAAGGUGCCCAGAAGAAAUGUUGGUCCAUCUUCUACCCAGCUUUAUAUGGUAAGAACCAUGCUAGAAUGUCUCAUAUCUGAAAAAUCUGGAGGCAAAAAGACAUUGAGAAAGGAUAUUGAUGGGUCUUACUUAGUGCAAAUUGAUCAGUUUCACAAAACUUCUUUUUUUUGGAAUUAUUUGCUUAGCUUUAGUGAAUAUUUGCAAAAAUGUUGUGAUUUGUCACAAUUAUGGUAUCGUGAAUUCUACCUUGAAAUGACCAUGGGGAGGCGCAUUAAUAAAUGUACAGUGAGACAUCACCAUAAUGAAGAAUGUAACGAUUUGAUUACAAUGGAAAAAAGAAUUCAAUUUCCUAUUGAUAUGUCGAUGCCUUGGAUUUUAACAGAUCACAUUUUGAAGACUAAAGAACCUUCAAUGAUGGAAUAUGUUUUAUACCCUUUGGAUUUAUACAAUGACAGUGCUUUAUAUGCUUUAACGAUAUUUAGAAAGCAAUUUUUAUAUGAUGAAGUAGAGGCGGAAGUUAAUUUGUGUUUUGACCAGUUUGUGUUCAAACUAAGCGAACAAAUAUUCGCUUAUUAUAAACAGUUGGCAGCAAGUAUAUUCUUGGAUAAAAGAUUUAGAGUGGAAUGUUCAGCGAUUGGAGCGUAUUUACUCCCCUAUCCAAGAGCAAAUAGAUAUGAAACCCUAUUAAAGCAGAGACACGUGCAAUUAUUAGGUAGAUCUAUUGAUUUGAAUAAAUUGAUUACUCAAAGAAUAAAUGCUGAUAUGCAAAAGUCUUUGGAUUUGGCCAUAAGUAAAUUUGAAGCCGGUGAUAUAACUGGCGUUGUUGAAUUAGAUGGAUUAUUGCAAGUCAAUAGACUCUGCCAUAAGCUGCUCAGUAAAUGGCUAGCCUUGGAUGAUUUUGAUUCAAUGUUCAGAGAAGCCAAUCAUAAUGUAUUGGCACCUUAUGGCCGAAUCACUCUUCAUGUCUUCUGGGAACUUAACUAUGACUUUUUACCUAAUUAUGUUUAUAAUGCUGCAACUAACAGGUUCACUAAAUAUCGGGGUAUAGCCUUCUCCCAAGCAGUUAGUCGAGAUAGGCCUCCACAAAUGUCUCAUCAUUAUCUCUGGGGGACAAAGCAACUAAAUUUGGCAUACACAAGUCAAUACAGUCAAUAUUCAGGAUUUGUUGGACCUCAGCAUUUCCAUACCAUGUGUAAAUUAUUGGGAUAUCAAGGUAUAGCUGUUGUAAUGGAAGAAUUGCUAAAAAUCGUCAAAAGUCUUAUCCAGGGAAGUCUUCUACAGUUUACUAAAACAUUAAUGGAAGCUAUGCCAAAAAUUUGCAAACUUCCAAGAUAUGAUUACGGUUCGCCAGGCGUUUUGGGAUACUACCACGCACAACUUCAUGAUAUUGUCCAGUAUCCCGACGCUAGGACCGAAUUGUUUCACAACUUCAGGGAGUUCGGAAAUAUUAUACUUUUUUGUUUGCUUAUGGAACAAGCUUUGUCUCAAGAAGAAGUUUGCGAUUUACUGCAAGCGGCGCCAUUCCAAAACAUAUUACCGAGACCUUUUUGUAAAGAAGGUGAAAAGCUUGAAACCAAACAAAAAAGGCUGGAAGCUAAAUAUGCUGCUCUACAAAUUGUGCCUAAUAUUGAAAAAUUAGGUACCGCAAAACAAGCUAUGAUAUCCAGAGAAGGUGAUCUACUGACAAGAGAACGACUAUGCUGUGGGCUAUCAAUUUUUGAAGUGGUCCUUAAUAGAUUAAGAAGUUUUCUAGAUGAUCCAGUUUGGGUUGGACCACCCCCAGCUAAUGGAGUUAUGAACGUAGAUGAAUGUACGGAAUUUCAUAGGCUCUGGUCUGCUCUACAAUUUGUAUAUUGCAUUCCUGUUAGCGAAAAUGAAUACACAGUGGAAGAAAUGUUUGGAGAAGGUCUCCAUUGGGCUGGUUGUACUAUGAUAGUACUUCUUGGCCAACAAAGACGAUUUGAAGCUUUAGAUUUUUGCUAUCACAUACUUCGAGUACAAAGAGUUGAUAUGAAAGACGAAGUUGUCAAAAGAAUCAAUCUUAAACGAAUGUGUGACAGAAUUCGUCGUUUCCAAGUAUUAAAUUCCCAAAUAUUUGCAGUUCUAAAUAAAUUCCUAAAGUCAGGAGAAAAUGACGAGCUGUCUGUUGAACAUGUAAGAUGCUUCCCGCCACCAAUUCAUCCUUCGUUGGGUUCUCAGCAGCAUUAUCAUGCUCCUGACCAUGCUAGACCGUAAAUCUAGACAGUUAAAAUAAUCCAUGAACAUGAAACAUAACGAUAUUUAGGACUAGUUCGACAAUUCCUGAGUAUAGGCUAUACCUACAAUAAAAGUUUAUUUUUGAGUGCUAAAAUGAACUUUUAUGCUAGGCAUAGCCUAUACUAAGGAUAUACUUGAAUUGUCGAACCGGCCCUUAAUAGUUAGGCUAUACAUAUUUAUUUAUAUUGUUUUAUGUUAUUGUUAAACUGUCUUUUUACCUUUUAUAGUAUUUUAUAAAUCACGUGAUAGUUUUAAGUAAAUUGUAACUGUAGCACACUUUUAAUUUUACAAAAAUGUAUAUUUAUAUGUUGGUACUUUAUUGGAUCAUAUAACAGUAAAUUUGUACAAUCU